CUCACGUAGUACUAGCACAUCAGCUCAAUUACUCAGGUCUGACAGAAGCUCGAACACGCCUCAAGGUCACGUGACUCGACUACCUGUCUCUGGAGAAGGCGAAGGCCGGGAUCUUAUCUUACAAAAAUGUUUCCAGCUAUAAAGGACAGACUAAGCCAUCUUCAGGCAUUCUCACCAUCCUGCAGUGAUGUGGAUAUAUGGGAAAGCAAUCCCGACCCUGAGAUGGAGGCCAUAUUUGAUGAGGCUGAAAACAUUCGCCACGAGAUUCAACUCAUCCAUUUGGAUGUGAAGCGGCUUGAAGAGCAGAACUCUCGUGUUCGAAAUGAACUACCAAAUUCCAGCACUGUGAAGCAAGACUCUAAUGUCAUUGCUGCUAGCAUCAAGUCCCAUGCUAAAGACGUGCUUGGACGUCUUCGCGGUCUGGACAUUCAUGCUAGCGAGCUGGAGAAAAAGCAUGGGAUGAACAGUGCACUUUCUAGAAUUGCACGAACACAAUAUGCUGGUUUGAGUAGCAGCUUCCGUGAUGUGAUGAUGGAAUACAACAAGGCAGAGAUGAGCCACAGGGAGUCGUGCAAAGCACAUAUCCAGAGGCAGAUGGAGAUUGUGGGGCGAGAGGUGACUGGUGAGCAGAUUGAGGAAAUGCUAAGUAAUGACCAGUGGAACAUCUUUAGUGAGAACCUGGUAACAGAAGGGAAAACAGCACAGUCUGCUCUGAACCAAAUUGAAAAUCGACACACGGAGCUGCUGGAAAUGGAAAGCCGCAUAAGGAGCAUCCAUGAAGUUUUUCUAGACAUGGCCAUGCUGGUAGAAGAACAGAACAGCAUGAUUGACUACAUACAGACAAAUGUCCAAAAAACUGAUGCAGAUAUAAAGAAUAUGCUGGUAAAGCUGGAAAAGGCCAAGAAAUAUAACAGGAACGGCCCCUUCAAGAAGAUCUUUUUCAGGAGGCGUUAAUCAACAUGUAACUGCACUGUUUGCAGUUUUGGGACUUUGCUUGCUCUUGUGAUUUUUUUUUGUGUACUAUUUAAGAGAGUUUUUUUUUUUUAUUUUAAUUGAUAAUAUUAAAUGGAGGAUAAUAUACCCACACUGACUUACUAAGCUAUUAAUACUGUUGAUAAGUUUGUCUACUGAAUAAAUCAGCCUCGUUUUACAUAUCAGGCUGUAACAAAGAUUUUUUUGUACGAAAAAAGUUUUUUCUCUCACAUAUUUGAUUUUGUGUGAAUUUUGGAAGUAAUAAAGAAAUGUUGAAUGCUUAA